UUUGAUAUCAUAUGACAAACCAGGAAAUAAACUUGUUUUUUCGGUUUUUGUGGCUGCGCUAUGUGGAACAGAAAGAAAUAUUUUUCUUAUUCAGAGAUCAAAGUGCAUUCAUAUAGGCACUGACAGCCGUGCUUGAUCCGUUCACUCUUACUCUUACUUACAUUCAUCAUCAUCAUCAUCUGACUGACCGCAGUGAAUGCACAGAAAUGACUCGGAUAUCGCUGUUUCUUUGUGCCGUAUUUUGCACAUCAUGCAUCGGAGUUAAAUUUACACCGGACUGGACGAGUUUGGACUCCAGACCUCUGCCCAAAUGGUACGACGAGGCGAAGUUCGGCAUCUUUAUUCACUGGGGGGUGUUUUCUGUACCUGGUUUCGGGAGUGAGUGGUUCUGGUGGAACUGGAAGGGCGCCCACAAAGCCAGUUACGUAGACUACAUGCUGAAAAACUAUCCACCAGGAUUCACAUACGCGGAUUUUGCACCUGACUUUCACGCACAGUUUUUUGACCCCGAACAGUGGGCGGAUGUUUUCCUAGCUUCGGGAGCAAAAUACGUGGUCCUUACUUCGAAACACCACGAAGGAUUUACGAAUUGGGGAUCCCCGAAUUCCUGGAACUGGAAUUCGGUUGAUAAUGGACCUCAUAGGGAUCUUGUCGCAGACUUGGGCGAUGCAGUAAGGAAGAGGUCUCUACAUUAUGGACUCUACAGCACUCUAUUCGAGUGGUUCAAUCCCCUCUACCUGAGUGACAAGCAGUCGGGUUUCAAAACCCAAGAGUUUGUUAUAAACAAAGUAAUGCCAGAACUCCACAAUCUGGUCAAUAGGUACAAGCCAGAAUUAAUUUGGUCAGAUGGGGAUUGGGAAGCACCUGACACCUAUUGGAACUCCACAGAAUUUCUAGCUUGGCUUUACAAUGAUAGUCCUGUCAAAGAUGUAGUGGUGACCAAUGACAGAUGGGGGGCGGGCUGUUCCUGUAAACACGGAGGUUAUUACAACUGCGCUGACAAGUUUACCCCGGGGCAGCUUCCCAAACACAAGUGGGAAAAAUGCACAUCAGUGGAUAAUUACUCCUGGGGGUAUCGCCGAAAUAUGAUGUUGGGAGAAUUAAUGGACUUGCCAUCUAUUAUAAAGGACAUGGUCUACACAGUGAGUUUAGGGGGAAAUUACCUGUUGAAUGUAGGGCCGACAGCAGAAGGCAUGAUUCCUCCUGUGUUUGAGGAACGUCUCCGAAGUAUUGGUGACUGGAUGAGAAUCAAUGGAGAAGCCAUCUAUGCAACCGAGCCUUGGAAAGUCCAGACUGAGAAUGCUACUGUACCUGUCUGGUACACUUCAAAAGGCAGCACGGUGUAUGCCAUCUUUACCGCAAAUCCCAAGAAGGAAAUGUUUCAGCUCUCUACACCCAUAACAUCUGACAAAACCGUGGUGACUUUGUUAGGUAACCCUGAGCCGCUGAAAUGGGCUCCUCUGCACACCUCUGGACUCAUUCUUCUCCUGCCAGAUCUGCCUUGUACACCUGCUCAAGCCUGGACCAUCAAACUGGAUGGGGUCAAUUAAACCCCUUCAAUUACAAUGUCAUGAUUUUUAGAUGUUUAACUGAAUCAAAUUUUUACUGCCUUAAUAAACCUGUUUGCUUAAUGAUUGAACAACUGACACAUCCAAACCAAAUAAACUACUUUUUUAAAUGUUUAA